ACAGUUGUGUGUGUGUGUGUGUGUGUGUGUGUGUGUGUGUGUGUGUGUGUGUGUGUGUGUGUGUGUGUGUGUGUGUACAAGGAUUUCUGUACAUUACAUGUGCAAGUUUUCUCACAGUUAAAACUGUUUAUCUACCUGUUUAUGUAGGGGUUUAUUUAUUUAUUUAUAUCACAAAUUUGAUGAGGUUUUCUAGCCCUAGUCUUUGUACUGUAGUGCAGUUUAGUUCCUGCUGCGGCUGAACGUCUCUUUUGUCAUUCACGUCGCUACGUAACUUUUCCGACUUGAAGUCUGCUUUCACGCUCAUUCCAAGUUCCGGAGGCUCCUGUAUAACAGCGGGCUUGAUGCUCCAGCUUGGAGCGCUGCCGGUAGGACGUGGACUCCAGUGCAAGUCUGAUCAUUACCCGUUUAUUAAAUCUCACCACUGUGCUCUUCUGCUGUUUGGUGUGCAUGUUCACCUGCUGGCUUGAUUCAUUUAGAUGGUUAAACAUUAGGUAGAGGAGAGCAAUAAGCCUCAUGUACGUUUUUAUCAAGUGGAAAUCUCUGCUUGCAGGCGUGAGACUUUCCAUUCCUGACAUGUAAAGAUCAGUAGAUUAAUGAUGUAGAGUAUCAAUGAUGAACUGGAGUGAAAGAAGGAGAUCACAAAGAGUUCACAAAGAGCUGAGAGCAUAACAGAGUCGUGGAGGAGUCUAAUACAGCAGUAAGACGGUGUUGGAGUAAGAUGGUGUUGGAGUAAGAUGGUGUUGGAGUCAGGGAGAUUCGGAAAGUGGAUGAAGACUGUCAGCAAGUACAACUCUCAGUACCACAAACUUUUCCAGAACAUUCCCAAAGAGGAGAUCCUUAUGAAAGUGUACUCGUGCGCUCUCCUGAGGGAUAUCUUGCUGCAAGGACGACUCUAUAUCUCCCGCAACUGGCUGUGUUUCUACGCUAACCUGUUUGGCAAGGACAUCAAGGUGGCUAUCCCUGUAGUUUCAGUUCGUCUGGUGAAGAAGCACAAAACAGCUGGUCUGGUCCCAAAUGGCCUCGCUAUCACUACAGACACCAGUCAGAAGUAUGUUUUUGUCUCACUCCUGUCUCGGGACAGUGUCUACGACGUCCUCAGGAGAAUUUGCACUCACCUGCAGGUCAACGGGAAGAAGAGUCUGAGUCUAAAGCAGUAUCUAGAAGAACCCGGAUCACUGUCGACUGAUGAGUUCCCAGUGACCAGCGCUUUCCCUGCAGUGUUAAAAUGGCGCAGGAAGCCUUCAGUUCCAUCCGUCGCCUCAUCGCUCCCUGAUCUGUUAGGGAACUCCAGCAGCAGUGCAGAGAAGCCUCCAUUUAUAAGGGAAUCUCAACUGCAAGAUGGUGAUGGAUGUGAACAGGACAGAUUCUAUGACUGCAGUGUAGAACAGCACCAACAGCUCCUGUGGCAGAACAACGUUACUCAACAUACUGUUAAGGCCAAAGAGAGACACCUCGAGGCUGAGAACAUUCUGCUGACUGAACCUGUAGCAGAGUUAGGACACAUGGAGUAUCAGCUUCUCAAGUUCUUCAUCCUGCUUAUAAUACUACUGAUUAUGUCAUCGUGUUACCUGGCCUUCCGUGUGUGCAGUCUGGAACAGCAGCUCUCUUUCCUCAGCACACAGCCUACAUUACCCAUGAGAGACAGGUAACGCUGGUUUAAAAAUGGCUUUGCUUUUUUCCAGUGUUAGCCAUUAGCAUAUAGAAAAUAAUCACUUUGUGGAUUCUUGGACAGAACGUUUACUGAUCAAUUACUGACCAGCAGCAGAAAUCAAAAUGACGCUGGGUUUUGGUCAGCUGGUGCUCUCUUUUCUGGACUGAACUAAUUCAAAACGUGAGGUACACUAGGUCUUCGGCAUACGAUACAAGGGAAGCUCACAGAGGAGCGGUUCGAUGACGGCGCCCGUUAUCCGACGUCCACUAUGGCGACUCUACGACAUCAUACACCGGCAAGACAGAGAGCCUGCGGACAACCGGACGCGCCGUCGGUUCCUUCGGCGUUCUUCAAACAUCAGUCAUUUCAUUUCAUGAAAGCGUUCAUGGUGCCAGUGAGAUUUGUCAUGUAAGAAAGAUGUUACGUGAAGGUCUUCGCUUUGGAAGGUUAGGAAAUGCAUUUUAGGUAAGAUGAAUCUGUGGAUCUGGAAGAUCUCGGGUGGAGUGGAUGAAGUUUCGGUGUGUAGUCAGAGAUCCCGUUGUGUUCUGUCGUCGGAUGAAGAAUGUUUUUAGUUUUUGUGAAAGCCGAUUCGAAAUUACAGACUCGGCUGUGCCACUGAACGGACAUGUAGCGUUUCAUUGCGUGAUUAUAUGCCUGUCAGCUCUGCUUUAGAUUUACUCCAUUCCAAGUUGCUUGUAGUGAUGUACUUGAAAUUUCACAAGACGUAGAAGUGCGUAGUUUUUAAAGCGAACGAGAAGCUCGGUAUAAAGGAGAAUAGGUGCGAUUUACUCUUAGUACACAUUUACUAUAUUUAUUUUGCGAUGUUUUUGUACAACAUAGUUUUUUCCUCGUGAAGGAAAUACAGUAUGGUCAUAUUAUACGGCAUAGAUUUAACUGUCAGCCCCUGCAGUUAGGCGUCGGCGACUAAUAAACAGUUUUUAACCUG